UCCUUAUUUUAAAUUGAAGCAGUAAUUUUCAAUGCUUAUCGGAGGUAAUUCCUCAGGUAUAGUUUUUCAUCAAUUCAGCGGAAUAAUUUUGUUUUGGAAAGUUCAAAGUGGACCGUCGCGACAAUAUUUGUCUCUCUACCCCUCCCCCAGUGGAAGCUACUUUAGUCAGUGAAAGGUUUCGUCUUUAACCAAACUGAAAAUAGUUGAUACAAAAUGUCGAUUUUUACGCCAACCAAUCAAGUAAAAUUAACAAAUGUAGCGGUGGUAAGGUUGAAGAAAUCUGGAAAACGUUUUGAGAUCGCUUGCUACAAGAACAAAGUUAUGUCAUGGCGAAAUAAAGUGGAGAAGGACAUUGAUGAAGUUCUUCAAACACAUACAGUAUUUACAAAUGUUUCUAAGGGACAGGUAGCUAAAAAUGAUGAUUUGUCUCGAGCAUUUGGUACCACAGAUCAGACAGAAAUUUGUCUGCAGAUUUUAGCAAAAGGAGAGCUACAGGUAUCUGAGAAGGAAAGAAACACACAACUGGAAUCAAUGUUCAGAGACAUUGCAACUAUUGUGGCUGACAAAUGUGUGAACCCAGAGACAAAAAGACCUUAUCCAGUGGGUCUGAUAGAACGAGCGAUGAAAGAUAUUCAUUAUUCAGUUAUUCCAACCAGAACCACUAAACAACAGGCUCUUGAAGUCAUUAAACAACUCAAGGAGAGCAUGGAGAUUGAACGAGCCCAAAUGCGCCUCAGGUUGAUCAUACCAAGUCGUGAGGCCAAGAAGGUUCAUGAGAAACUGAGGCCACACAUAUCAACUGUUGAAUCUGAGGAUUGGCAAGGCGGGGACUUGGAAAUGGUUUGUCUCAUAGAUCCUGGUUGUUACAGGAUAAUUGAUGAAACUCUCAGGGCUGAAACUAGGGGAAGAGGAACAUUGGAAAUGAUCAGUUUGAAGGAUAUAGAGGAAGGAGAUGAAAGACUAGAAUGAUCCUGAGAACAUAAUUUUAUACCAAUAUGCUUCAGCAAGUUUUAAAUAAAACUAAAGCGAUGCUUACACCGACUAAGAAGUAGACUCAUGUAUAUAAAACAGGCAAUCCAAAGAUG